AUGUUUCUCAACGUUUUAAAAUCAACAAGAACACAAAUUGUGUUAGUUCGUAGCACAAUUCCAUUUAUUCAAACAAGAACAUUUCGAUACAAAGCACGUAUGCAACAAUUUUAUAAUGAUGGAAUAGAUCUAAAUCAACAAUCUGUUGAAAUAAACUCCACUGAACGUAUACGUCGAUGUUCAUUUUAUAAAGAUGUUGAUCUUUAUUCAUUUUAUAAAACAACUUGUCCUGAUGUACGAACACUUGGUGAUGCAUUACGCGAAGGUUAUAUUAUUUCAAAAGAUGGACCCUGUGUUGGCACUUUUGAAACAUCAGGUAGUACAAAUUUUAUAAAAUGGUUACCUUAUUCAAAAGUUAUGGAACAAAGUCAAUAUAUUGGUUCAUAUUUAUUAUCAAAAUUAAAACUUAUUCCAAUGAAAUCUAAAGUAGCAAUUCUUUCAGCGAAUUCUCCGGAAUAUUUAUUUGUUGAACAAGGUUGUUAUAAAUAUGGAUUUAUUGUUAUUAGUCUUUAUAGUACGUAUGAUGCAAAGACUAUUUUAAGUGUUCUUCAAAGAACACAACCUGAAAUACUUGUUGUUGAUAAUUUUGAACGUAUUCAAACAUUUCAAAAUGAGUUAUUAAAUAAUGAUUCUAUUAAAGAGAUAAUAGUUUUAAAUGAUGGAAGUUAUAAUCAAAAUAGCAAAAUUCGAUCUUUAUCAUCGAUUUUUAAAUCAAUGAAAAAGACUGAUAUAUGUCAACGACCAAUAGUUUGUCCAGAUAGUAUUGCAACAUAUAUAUUAACAAGUGGAACAACAGGAGAACCAAAAAUUGCAAUGCUUUCACAUGAAAAUCUAUUAGCAACAGCUAAAGGUCAUCUUAUUCGUUUAGAACAAGCAAACAUAAAACAACCUGAACUUGAACGACAUUGUUCAUUUUUACCCAUGGCACAUGUCUAUGAACGAUUCAUGCUUUUACAAGGUUUACUUCGUGGUACACAACUUGUCUUUUGUCCAGCACCUGAAAAACUACAAAAUUAUUUAUCUCUGGUAAAACCAACUCAAGCAUCUGUUGUACCACGUGUUUUAAAUAAAGUUUAUGAUGGAGUAAUGACUGAAGUUAACAAGAGUACUAUAAAACGAUUUCUUGUUCAACAAGCAUUACGUGAACAACCAUCAUUUCUAUCACGUAUUGCAUUUCGAAAAAUUAAACAUUUAUUUGGCAAUGAAAUUAAAGCAAUGAUAACAGGAUCAGCACCUAUAACACCUGAUGUAAUGCAUUUUUUUCGUAUUGCACUUGAUAUACCAAUUAUGGAAGGUUACGGACAAACAGAAUCAGCCGGUGCUGGUACAAGUACUCAUCCGAUUGAUAUGACAUAUGGAACAAUUGGUUCACCUGUACCAACAGUUGAAAUAAAACUUGUUGAUGUUCCUGGUACUGAUUAUCGAUGUGAAUAUAAUCGAGGUGAAGUUUGUAUCCGUGGACCGACUAUUUUUAAGGGAUAUUAUGGUGAUGAAGAAAAGACUCGAGAAGCUAUUGAUCAAGAUGGAUGGUUACAUACGGGCGAUGUUGGAGAAUGGACAAGCACUGGUGCAUUGAAAAUUAUUGAUCGUACAAAACAUAUAUUUAAAUUAAGUCAAGGAAAAUAUAUUGCACCUGAACGUCUUGAAGAUGUAUAUGUACGUUCAAGAUGGGUUUCACAAAUAUUUGUUGAUGGUAUUUCAACUGAACAAUCUGUUGUAGCAGUUGUUAUACCUGAUGAAGACUAUGUGAGAAAACAUUUCAAAUCAACAUCGAAGAAUGUUACAUCAUUUGCUGAUUUAUGCAAAGAUGCUAAACUAAACGAAAUCAUCUUCAAUGAUUUAUAUAAACUAGCUGAAAAAUAUAAAUUGAAAUCAUAUGAAACAUUAAGCAAUAUUUAUAUUUAUCCUGAAUUAUUUUCACAAAAUAAUGGUCUUCUUACAGUUACACUUAAAACACGACGAACAAAUGCUCGACAACAUUUCGAACCAAUUAUUAAAUCAUUAUAUGAUGUGGAUCGAAGAAAAGUAAAUAAUAUUGAAUAG